AUAUGUACUCUGCAUGUAUUUACUCCAUAGUAACUCCAGGUUUGUGUUCUCAGUCUGGAAGCAUGAAGUUCUCCCUCGUCGCCGUCCUCGUCGCCGUGCUGGCCAUCGGCUCCCAAGCUGCCAGUCUGGUCAAGAGGGAAAGUCCAGCGAUGCCUGCUGAGGUGGAGAAGAUCGCCAGUUACUUCCAGGACCUCGUCCAGAACCUCAAAGCCCUCGAGACCCCCGAGCUGGCCAACAAGGCCAAGGCUUACAUCGAGGAGAGCAGAGCCCAGUUCCAGCCCAUGGUGGAGAAGCUCCAGGAGCAGCUGAAGCCUCUGUCCAGCAACAUCGAGGAGCAGAUGGAGCCCCUGGCGGCCUCGGUGCGCGCUCAGAUCACGCCCUACACCAGCCUGGUGCAGAGCCAGUUCGAGGAAAUGCUCAAGUUCAUGGUUGAUCAGACCAAAGCCAUCCUGCCCCCUCAGUAGAUAAAAACACCCCGAACAAAGCCUGAUGGGAAAUCACCCUUGACCCGUGACUGACAUCUCUCGCUUAUCUCAAGCAAUAAAGGGGUUAAAGGCUCUACGUGUGUGUGUGUGUGCGUGUGUGUGUGUGUGUGUGUGUGUGUUGGCUCUUUAUGAUUCAAGUCUGGUUGUGUGUUUAGAGGAUAUGUUGUAAAGGGAAAAUAAAAGUUUUAAACUCUGA